AUGGCUGAUAAGAAGAUCCUGAUUGUUGGAGCUUCAGUUGCAGGGCCUAUGGCGGCCUUCUGGCUAGCCAAGACCGGAGCAGAUAUCACCGUCGUUGAACGCCAUGAAGCGAUGCGAGAUGGUGGUCAAAACGUGGACAUCCGAACGUCAGGGGUGACGGUUGUCCAGAAAGUACCUGAAAUGGAAGCACGGAUUCGCGCUGCUGCAGCUCCACUUGAAGGAAUGAGUGUUCUUAGCAGCAAGGGCCAAUCGAUACUUACCAUCAAAUCGACUGGUGAUCCAAAACAGCAAUCUCUCAUGUCCGAAUAUGAGAUUUUUCGCGAUGACCUAUCGAAAAUACUUUUCGACUUCGCCAAAGACCUUUUAAAUGUUCGAUACGUGUUCGGAGAGCAAGCGAAGUCAAUGACACAGGACGAAAAGGGCGUCGAUGUGGAGUUUUUGAACGGACAUCUGCCCCAGUCUCGAUAUGAUCUGGUCGUUGCAGCUGACGGCGCCACGUCUCGCACGAGGGCUUUAGCAUUCGACUGCAAAGUGCGUGAUCAUAUGAGUUCGAUGAAUGCAUGGGCUGCGUACUCUACCAUCAAGAAGGAUCUUUUGAACACAUCGAAAACAGGACAACUAACAACGUCUACACCUGGCAGAGGCAUCAUUCUACUACCGGAUCAUGAUUCCAAACAGAACCGCGUACUACUUAUGGGUUCUCACGGCUCCGAUGAAACAUCGAUUAUGCAUUUAUUCCGUCAGGCGGUAAAGGGCGGAGACAGGGCCUUGAAGGACUUCUUGGGCGACUUCUUCCACGGCCAUGGCCGUGAUGACAUCCUAACAGCGGUCGAGCAAUCGAACAAACUAUAUGCCUCUGAAGCUGCACAAGUCAAAGCCCCGUCUCUCUACAAAGGCCGCAUCGUCUUGUUCGGCGACGCAGGUUACGCCGCAGGCCCAGUUGGAACGGGAACGAGCCUUGCCAUCACAGGAGCGUACGUCCUGGCAGGCGAGAUCAACAGUCAUCCAGACGACCUCUCCACCGCUUUGCAAAACUACUCAGAAAGGAUGCGUCCAAUCAUCCAAGACAUGCAACAGAUACCUCCUGGCUUUCCUGGCAUCAUGACUCCCCAGACUGCGUGGGGGCUGAGCGUGCGGAAUGCUGUACUGCGGAUCAUAUCAUAUAUGAUGCUUGCGAGUGAAUAUUGGCCGGUGGCAGCGCCACUUGGAUGGUUAGUUGGGCUGUACGCAAGUGCAUUUGGCAAGGACAAGUACUCUAUACCGUACUACGCCUUCGAAUGA